CCAUCAAUCUAUUUACAAUCGAUUCCAUCCCCAAUAACAUACAAAAACUCUGUAUUCGUAUACUCGAAUUCGUAUUUUAUCAAUAAAUAAAUAAUGAUGUUUCCCUCAACUACUACACCGUCCUCAUCACAAACGCUUUCCGGUUUUUCUGGAUUCGCAACUCUUUCAACGACCCCAUCGUCGACUACUUUACCUACAGGAAAUUCAAGUAGUGGCAUUUUUGGGACUCCAUUUUCUCAAAAUUCAACUUGGACAGGCUCCCAAACAUCGUCGUCGCCUUCGCCUUUUUCUAAUACCCAAACAUCAUUUACAUUUAGUACCCCGUCAUACGCGACUUCAACUCCUGGUGGUUAGUACAAUUAAGUUAUUGUUUACAGGAAUCAUGAUUUCUUAUACCCUUAUAUAUUUAACUUUAUAUUGGAUAUAUAUUAUAUGCCUUUGAGUUUACUCAUCCGUUUUUGUCGCAAGUUUUUUUUUUGUGUGAAAAACAGCAUUUAAGUAGAUUUAUGGACAUAUGGACAAACACUACAUUGCCAUCUUGGGAUUUUGAACAAUUUUGGCAUACUCAUACACUCAUACCGCAGCCUUGCAAUUCCCGAGUCUCCUUGUUCUGAUUACCAAGUCAUUGGCAUCGAUCUACAAAAUAAUUCUGUCUACAGAAUGUUGAGCCUAUGAUGCUAAUUGAGUUGGCUAUUAAUAAUGAAUCAUAUGUACACCUGGUUUAAAAUCGCUCUUAAUUCAGUUUGGCAGAAUUUGGGUCUUCAAAACCCAAUAUCGUAGGUUCAAAUCCUACAGAGCGUGAUGUUGAAUGCAUCUUUUUGAUACUUAACAAUGGUUUUGGUUUUUUUGUUGUUAUUAAUUCUGUUUUGCAGGAUCUAUGGCCACAGGAUCAACAUUUAACUCAGGCGGAUUUAACUCGACGCCGCCAAAUUUAUUUUCUUUUACCUCACCUUGGGCGAACAGUUCAAACUCUACCACGCCAGUGCAACAGAGCUUAUUUGGAGUACCAACUACUUCAAACUCCACCACACCAGUGAAACCAAACCCAUUUGGACCAACCAAUUUAAACUCUACCACACCAGUGAAACCAAACCCAUUUGGUCCAUUUGGACCAACCAAUUCAAACUCUACCAUGCCAGCGCAACCAAACCCAUUUGGACCAACCAAUCUAAACUCUACCACACCAGUGAAACCAAACCCAUUUAGUCUACCAACCCCAUCGGUCGCCACAGAGCCUACCACCUUCAGGUUUCCUAGCCAAGCCCAGACUAGCCCCUGGAAUUAUCCUGGCCCCACAUCUACUUCAUUCCCUUCACAGUUAAAUACCUUUUCAUCUUCUGCAAACACUUUUUUGACGAAUGCUACUCCUGCUUCUUCAAAUUCAUUUAGCUCAUUUGCUCCUAAAACAAAUUUUACCAGUCCAGCCUCUACUGGAUCAUCUUUUUCACUUGCCUCGUCAACUCCCAAUCCCUUUCCAUCUUUUAAUUCACUGUCCACUCAGAGUUUUGCUAGUCCUGCAUCUUCAACAAUGAGCCCGGGUCAGACCACCGCAACACCUUGGAAUGCUUUCUGGUCAACUCCAGUAGACAAACCUUUGAAUUCGCUAGUCAAUACAACUGCUACCUCACAAGCUACCUCACAACCACCAUUAUUUAAUAUCCCCAAUACAAACCCUUUUACAUCACAAGCCAUUAAUUCAUCUUCCGCGGGUUCUUUUCCUUCAUUUAAAGCGUGGACUUCCGCUCAAGCUAACACACCGGCUUGGCCAUCUAUAAGUAGUGGACCUUCUGUUUCCACGACAACUGGAGCUGCUAACUCUUUCUCACUUUCAAAUCCACUGUCAAAUCGUAAUCCUGUUACAAACCCUUUUACAUCACAAACCAUUAAUUCAUCUUCCUCAGGUUCUUUUCCGUCAUUUACAACAUGGACUCCAGCUCAAACUAGCACACCAUCUUCUUCAAAUGCUUUCUUGACAACUCCAAUAAGCACACCUUCUUUUUCCAUGACAACAGCAGCUGCUAACUCUGUCUCGGUUCAACCUGUGAUCCCUGGACCGAGUUCAGAUUCCUAUCAAACAAAGGCCUUGUUUAAUCCUGAUAUUUCUUCAACUCAAAGUCUUAAUGGAGAAAAAACAGGAAUUACUAGCAUGGAACAACCAUCACCUGCUGCAAGUCCAUUUGGAAUACUUCCGCCAAAACCUCAGUUGUAUUUUGAAGAUUCUCGACCAAUUCAAAUUGGGAUUUCCAGCAUGACUGUCAAGGACAAGCCGGCUGCAGUCAGAUAUCAGGCGCUGACUACCAGGCAUUUGUCUAGAAACAAGUUGCCAAUUCGGAAGUAUGACCCAAAACUACACACUCCAAAGAUACCAUUUUUUAAUGACACCAAUGAGAUACCCGUUGCUGUAUUGGUUCCAAGAGAAAAUCCAAGGAAGAUGGUUAUCAGUCCGGUUUCAUCGUCUCCAAAGGCUAGCACGUUGAAGAACAUAGGUGAAGAAAAAAAGUCUUCAGAUAGUUUGUAUGAGAAUGAGAAAGAAGACAGCAAGGCCUCAGAUGAUCCAACUACAGAACAAGAACUAUUUGCAGCAAUCCUUGAAGUACCAACAAAACUUCAACUACCUGACUACUACACAAAACCUCAAAUUUCAGACUUGGAAGCAAAAGAAAGGGCCGAGCCUGGAUUUUGUACACGUGUGAAGGACUUUGUGGUCGGACGCCAUGGCUAUGGUAGUAUAAAGUUCUUAGGCGACACAAAUGUAAGGAAGCUUGAUAUUGAGAAUCUUAUUCAGUUUAAUAACCGAGAGGUGAUUGUGUAUAUGGAUGAGACCAAGAAACCUGCGGUUGGUGAAGGGCUCAACAAAGCAGCUGAGGUAACGCUUCUCAAUAUCAAAUACGUGGAUAAAAAAACUGGAACACAGUACAAGGAUGGGCCAAAGAUUGAUAAAUAUGUAGAGAUGCUAAAGAAGAAGGCAGCUGCACAAGGUGCUGAGUUUAUGUCGUAUGAUCCUGUUGAAGGUGAAUGGAAAUUUCGAGUCCAACACUUUUGAAGACAAAAGUAGUCGAGAAUACUUUCGGAAGAUUACUCCUUUGUCUAUAGAUGACUUGUCAAGCACAAAUUUGUGUUUUGAUAUAUAAUGGAAUUUGAAUGAUAACGCCUCUUCUUUUUUGAAGUUUUGGUCAGUUUUCUAGCUGUUGAUCUGUCUAAUUUGUUACUGCAAUUGGAAGAAUGUGUAAAAGAUAGUGAAUGUUAUGUGAAUGUGAUUUAGGAUCAUAUGUUGAAUUUGUUUUGUGAAA